AAAGGAAUAUCCCCGCACUUUUAAACUGGCUCGUCAUCAUUUAUGAAAAAAAAAACAAAAGAAAGCUGACGAGUCAUUGUCAAACACAGUUGAAUGUGUCUGUGGGUGUGUGUACAUGUGGGUGUAUUUAUGACGUUUAGGAACUUACAAAGUGAGUGGUUUCACUUGUGAGCGCUUCAGACUCUGUGUAGACGCAGCUCACUAGAGAAGAUCUGUAUUCUCAGCAUCUGUCAGAGAAGCGUGUGUGAAGUGUGUAAGACAGACGUGUGGUGGAGGAUGAAGCUGCUCUGUGGACUGAUCCUGGCUGGGGCUGUCCUCGUUCUGGCUGCAGGACACAGUGCUGUGGAAUCUGGAUGUCUGGACUUUGACAUCAAGGAGCAAGAUGUGUGCUGCACAAAGUGUAAACCAGGAAACCGUCUUGUGAAAACCUGUGGUUCAGAUCCAAAAUCUCUAUGUACUCCCUGUGCAAAAGGCAAAUUUACCACCAAACCCAUCCAGUGGAUGUGUGAUAACUGUCGUCAAUGUAGUUCAGAUAAAAUGCGAGUCAAGGUGAAUUGCACCGCCAGCAGUGACACAGUUUGUGAGUGUAUCCCGGGAUAUCGAUGUGCAAAUGAGAAAUGCCUUCGCUGCAUUAAAGAGUCUACUACAGAACAGCAGCCCAAUUCAACAAGAACCAAACCAACAGCGUUACCAGCACGUGAUGCAGAAAGCCAGAUCACUGCUAUUCUUAUCAUCUUCGCGCUCAUCUGCUUAGUGAUACCUGUUGCUAUGAUCCUCUUCCUGGAGUGGAGAAGAAGAAAGGCUAUUCAUAAAACCCAUGUCGAAAAGGAAACUCUUGAAGCAGGAGGACAGACUCAAACAUCUCUUCUUGAUGAGCCCAGCUUCUGUUUUCCUCAGCAGGAACGCGGCGGCAGCAGUCAGAGUUCGACGUCCUCGCUAAUCUCGCAGGAUAGCAGACCUUUGGAAGCAUGAACUUGUGCGGUGUAGCAAGCUGAACAUAAUGAGCAUUCAUUUGUAGUUAUAUGCAGAUAUGUAUAAUGUCUAUGUAAUGUGUAAUUUAUUUACUGUUUUGUUUUCUGGAAUCUUGUCAUUCAAAAUGUAUUCAUGAUGUUUGUGACUUUUUGUUGCCAUUAAAGCAGCUGAAGUAUUUAA